GUGACAUGUUAUUUUCUUUUAAAGCAACGGUUUGAAAUUGAGUACCGUCAGACCUUUUUGCGCAGAUAGACUUCACAGGAGGCGGUAUUCAGAUAGAUUACAGCCCUCUCCACUUCUUUUAUCGCUGUUUUGACAGUGUGUGCAUUUGACAUCAGUUAAGGAACUUACCUCAGCUGAAGUCACCCAAUUCUGUCGAGUCGCUCUCAAGAGUACUAAAGGAGACGCGAUGGAGGCUGCUGUCUUUGAGUAUCACAAAGAGGAAGACCCUGUGGACAUCAAGUCUUUUCAGGGAGAGAAGCAGAAGCUCAUUCAGCCAGCGUCUUUAAAAGACCCCAAACUUCAAAAGCUAAAAGAGGCACUGGUUUAUUGGAUCAAUAGCACUUUGAAACCAGAGCACAUAGUGGUUCAGAGUCUGGAGGAGGAUCUGUACGAUGGUCUGGUGCUUCAUCACAUGCUGUCCAGGUUGGCCGGUGUGGAUGUGUCUGUGGAGGACAUGGCACUGACCAUCCCCGCUCAGAUCCACAAGCUGGGAGUGAUCCUGGAGGAGUUGGACAAGAGACUGGGCCUGCAGGACGACAGCCGGAUCAAGUGGAACGUCAAACUCAUCCACAACAAAGACCUUCUGGCCACUAUUCAUCUGCUGGUUGCCAUGGUGAGAUCUUUCCAGCCCGAACUGGAUUUGCCCCCGAAUGUGAAAGUUGAAGUUAUAGUUAUGGAAGUGAGCAGAAAUGGAAUCAAAUCAAAUGUACUGACGGAGGUGCUGACGGAGGAGAGUGACGCAGACUCAGACUCCCUCAGCGAGACUGAAAGGGAAGAUCCCAUCGAGCAACUGCUGAAGCUUGAGGCUCACAAGGUCAACACGGUGAAGAAGGCCAUUUUACACUUUGUCAACCAGAAUAUGACGACCAUGGGUCUGCAGGUGGCUGAUAUGGACAAACAGUUUGCUGACGGCGUGAUUCUGCUGCUGCUGAUCGGACAGCUCGAAGGCUUCUUCAUCCCGCUCUAUGACUUCAACCUGACCCCUGUCAAUCACUCUGAGAUGAUUCACAAUGUGACCUUGGCCUUGGACCUCCUUCAUGACACAGGCCUUCAAGUGUCUAGUGUUAACCCACAAGAUAUUGUGUCUCAGGACGUCACCGCCACCUUGAAGAUCCUGUACGCCCUCUUCAACAAGCACAAAGGGAAAUGAGAGAGGAAGAGGAAGAGGAAGAGGAACUCAGCGGCCAGGAAUACAAACAGAGCGGAAGUGUUUGGCAAAGCUUGUGGUUUUGCUAACUGUUGCAAAUGCUGUACAUUAUGUUGAUGAUGAUGAAGUUGAUUGUUUGGAGAGGGUGGGGCACCAUUUAAUUUAAUAUGGGGAUGAUGGAAGACAUUCAAAGUGUUGCACUCUGUGAAAAGUGGCAGAUAUUGUUGUGUAAAGAAAUGGAAAGAAAGAUAAGUUUACAGUACUUUCUCACCUCCACACAGCUGACCAAUCACUGUGUGAAUGUCGGGUUGCACAUCGCAGAAAUCGACACAGCUCGCCAUAAUCCAACGUCAAAACGUUUCGAGGGGAGGCUGUUUAACCACCCAAAAUGAGUUCUGAUGCAGUAUACUGGCCCAUUGAAAUGUGUCAGCAUAACAUUUCCAUUUUUCCGCUCUCUCUUGCUCUCUUUCCUUCACUGUAUUUCCUUUUCAGUGUGACACCCCUGGAACGUGGCACUAUAGAGAACCAUCAUCCCUGAGUGCCGCUUCUCAACUAAACAAUGCGAACGUAUCCCUCUGCUUCCUCCGUGUGCUCCUGCUGACAGUCUGCGACCUCCUCUUCUUCUAGUCUGUGAAUGCUAUUGUCAUGUCUGUCUCUUUUUUUUUUGUUUGCCAAUGAAUUGUUCACAACUCAAUGUCACACACAUGUAGAGAGGGUGUGGCAGGCAGCGGUAGAGGGAGGCUCACAGAAUGAGAGACAGACAAUAGAUUUUGCAAACUUUGUGUUGAAUUAAAAGAAAAAGUGGGACUAGAACUGGAACAAUAUACUAAACUGUCCUCUGUGUUGAAAGACGUGUCAUUUCGAGACAUUUAUGCAAAACAUUAGUGACUUUUUAAAUACUAAUAUCCCUCCGCCACUGUGGUUUAGUUUUGUGGAUUCGGCUUGUGUAGCCUGAAUUUCUAUGUUAUCAUCUUGAGGUUAAAGGGACACUAAACAGUAACAACAGCCGCUUUCACACUUAUUAUUUAGUUCACCCAGUUUUCAUGCAGAUGUGUUUGUUGACAUUCAGGAAGCCAAUUUAUCCGUUUCCACCAAGGUGAAGGAAAAUACUCCAAAUUCACAUUUUAUUUCCCUCGACAUCUCAAAAGGGUUUGCAUAAGAUUAUCUUGGCAGUCAGAUGGAAACACAGCUACUGUAUAGAGAGAGAGAGAGACACAAAGAGACGUUGAGGUGUGUGUGUUGCCGUUUGUUCGUUGUGUAAAUCGGCCAUUUCAGUGGGGCAGUUAAAGUAUUAUGAAAUCAAAAUGGCUUUGAACUCUUAAUCCAGAGAGUUUUAUGUUGAAAAUUAAAUUGCACAUUACUUUCUGAGAGGCAAAAUCCAUUUAGUACUCGACCAAACCAUGAAUGAACACAUAAAAUGCCCUAUUUGUAUUUAACUUAACUCUUAACUAUAGAUUGUAUGUUCAUUUCAUAGUCAAGUGAUCCAUAUUCCAUCCAAUCAUACAUGUGUGCUUGCCAUCUCUCACAUUAGAUGGUCCGCACACUACUUACUGUUAUGUAACACCCUUCACCUUAUCUGCCUCUUCACAUUAAGUUGUAUGUGAAUGUUGUGUACUUCAGGAGCUCAGGGACAGUAUCAAGCUUUCUUUUACACGUUUCAAAGCAUAAAAUGUGUCUUAUUAUUGAAAUAAAUGAUUAAAACCUUG